AUGAAUCGGGUACAAAUCUCAAUAAGAUCCAUGAAAACUAGUGCCAAGUCAUACGGGUGGGUACAUAAAUGGUCGAGAUUCAAGCGAUGGCAAGAAAUGCAAGCAGCACACGCUGAGAAUGUCCAAGAGAAGCAGAGGAAUCAGAGUUUUAUCAAGCUACCAACAGGGCUCUAUAUCACACCGGAAAGGCCCGAUGAUUUAACUCCUAAAAAGGCGCCGGCUGACAUGACAAGAAAGGAUACAGGUCAGCUGCCGAUGGAAUUGCUGACUUGGCACACUCAGAUGCGUUAUGUCGACCAUUCAAUUGACAAUAUAAAACGAUACAGGCGCUAUAAAAAUUUCCAGCACAUGCAAUAUGACCAAAGAGUUAUCCCGGAACGUCUUCUAUUUCUUGGUGCAGAUCUGGCGGCCGCGCAUUUUCUAGUCCAUCGUGGCGCCGCCGUGAAGUUUGUAGGCGAUGAUAAUUGGUAUAAGAAGGAUAAAUGGAAUAGAUACAGUUUGCCCGGUCAAAAAGUGGAUAAUCUUUUCAUCGAAGCAAUCGACGCCUCCAACACCCAAAUCAUGUUUGAAGGACUCGAAAAUCUGGAAAACCUGAGUCACCUGCGUCUCUUACGUCUAGCCAACUGUGAAUUUAUCGAUGAUUGGAGUAUUGGAAGAAUCGGAGGACUUUUACCGAACCUGGAGAUGUUGGAUCUCUCUGGUUGCCAUAGAAUCUCUUCAAAAGGACUUAUGGGAUUGAAAAACUCAAAAAAGUUGAAAUUCCUGCGGCUGGAAGGCUUGUCGGACAUUAAAAACCUGGGAAAAUCCGCUUUGAUCCUCGAGGAUUUGCUUCCAAAACUCAAAGUUCUCGGAAUGGAUUACGAGGCAGCUUUCAGACAAGUUGAGGCUGAAAAUCGGCUGUUAGAACAGGAGAGAGUGGUGCUUGAUGGGAAGGGAAACGCUUUUAUGGAGGACGACAAUUCCAGAUUGUUUCUGGUGAUGUCCACGUCUUCAGAGGAGAGAGCCGUCACUGAUGAUAAUGAUAAUCCAAUUAUGACAUCGACAGUGAGGAGAGAAAUCCCAAAAAUGUCCGAUCUGGAAUUUGAGAAAAUCAACGCGCUCAGCGGCGGCAAACUUCGGCAUCUGUUAGUAGGAUCACCCAGUGGUUAUGAGUGGAAUGAAACGACGGAAAAAAUUCUGGAGCACGAAGCCUCGUUGAACCUCGCCGACGACGUCAUCACAGACCCCAAAAUGUUGCCACAUGGCAAGCGACCAGAGUUUGAGCUCGAGGAGAGUCGGAGCAAAUUGGAAGAUGCUAAAAUUCAAUUUUUGAAGGAAUUCGGUGGAAAUUUAAUAACAGAAGAAGAGGAUCAAGAAGAAAAUUCCAAAAAGCUGCUGAAAAGUCAUUAA